AUGUACGAUCUGCGGCCAGCAUCACGUCCUUUCCAUCUGAGCGAGGUGUAUCUGACGGAGAGCCGAUGGAUGGCCAACCAAAACCGCACGCUCACGUACCUGAAGUGGGUGGACGUCGACCGGCUGCUCUACAACUUCCGGGCCAACCACGGCCUGUCCACCAAGGGAGCAGCGCCCAACGGCGGAUGGGACGCGCCGGACUUCCCCUUCCGCACGCACGCCCAGGGCCACUUCCUCACGGCCUGGGCCCACUGCUACGCCUCGGUGCGGGAUCCGGCCUGCCGCGACCGAGCCGUCUAUUUUGUUACUGAGCUCGCCAAGUGUCAGCGGAACAACGCCGCCGUUGGAUUUGGCGCUGGCUACCUCUCCGGCUUCCCUGAGUCCGAAUUCACCGCGCUCGAGCGGCGGACUCUCAGCAACGGCAACGUGCCCUACUACGCCAUCCACAAAACGAUGGCCGGGCUGCUCGAUGUGUGGCGGUUCAUCGGCGACACGACAGCCCGUGACGUGCUCUUGUCGCUGGCCGGAUGGGUCGACUCGCGCACCCGGGGGCUGAGCUACAGCCAGAUGCAAGCCAUGCUGGCAACCGAGUUUGGCGGCAUGAACGACGUGCUGGCCGACAUCUCCCAGGAAACCGGCGACAAGCGGUGGCUCGGCGUCGCGCAGCGGUUCGACCACGCCGCCGUGUUCGAUCCGCUGGCGUCCAAUACCGACAAGCUCAACGGCCUGCACGCCAACACGCAGGUGCCCAAGUGGAUCGGCGCAGCACGCGAGUACCAGGCCACAGGAACCACCCGCUACCGCGACAUCGCGCGCAACGCAUGGGACAUGACCGUCCGGGCGCACACGUACGCCAUCGGCGGCAACAGCCAGGCCGAGCACUUCCGCCCCGCCAACGCCAUCGCGCAGUACCUGACCCGCGACACAGCCGAGGCGUGCAACACGUACAACAUGCUGAAGCUGACCCGGGAGCUGUGGAUGAUGGACAGCACCACGACACGCUACUUCGACUUCUACGAGCAGGCGCUGCUCAACCACCUGCUGGGACAGCAGAACCCGUCCUCCACCCACGGCCACGUCACCUACUUCACCCCGCUCAACCCGGGCGGCAAGCGCGGCGUCGGACCGGCGUGGGGCGGCGGCACGUGGAGCACCGACUACGACUCCUUCUGGUGCUGCCAGGGCACGGGCCUGGAAACCAACACCAAGCUGAUGGACUCGGUCUACUUCCGCUCCGAGGACGGGGGCACACUGUUUGUCAACCUGUUCACCCCCUCGGUGCUCCACUGGUCGCAGCGCAACCUCACCAUCGAGCAGACCACGCGGUUCCCCCUGCAGGACACGACCGUGUUGACCAUAAUCUCCCAAGCCAGCGAUACUACUAGUAGUAACGACAACAACGAGUGGGAGCUGCGCGUGCGGAUCCCCUCUUGGACGGCGGGCCAGGCCGAGAUCCGCGUCAACGGGCAGCAGAGCGUUACAGCAGCCAAGCCGGGAACGUACGCCUCGAUCCGGCGCACCUGGCGCGCGGGGGACCGCGUCGAGAUACGGCUGCCGAUGGGCCUGCGGACGAUCGCGGCCAACGACAGGCCCGCCGACGUCGCGGCCGUGGCGUACGGGCCCGUCGUGCUGGCGGGGAACUAUGGCAGCGCGGCCCUCUCGGCGAUGCCGAGGCUGGACUUGGGCUCGCUGCGUCGUCGCGCCGACAGUCUUGCGUUUGAGGCAACGGCGGAUGGGAAGGCCGUUACGCUGGCGCCGUUCUAUGACGCGCAGGGGUUCAAUUACAAUGUGUAUUGGUUGACUAGCGGGAAGCUGCCUGCGGGUGUCUGAUAAAUAGUAGUAUUAGUACUACUAGCACAGUGUGGCCUGACCCCUUCAAACACAUACGAUGUCUGUCUGUUAUUUUCUUUUCUCCUUUUUUUCUUCUUUUCCUUUUCUGCUCUUGGUAGUUCCAUAGUAGGCCCAUUACGUUGCGGCCUGUUCAUCAUCAUCAUCCACGACCUCUCCCGUGGCAAGCAGUCGUUUCCCAGCAGGAAGCGGGAGCUGAUGGCUGCUAGGCCGUUGCCACCGUAGGAAGUUCUCCCCCUUCCUCACCAGCAUCUGCCUCAAGAUCAAGGGCGC